AAGGAGAAAUACCUACUGUGUUAUGUGGAAUGCCUCAUUCAGAGUGGUGUUCCUCUUUUGGGAGGAGAAGAAGAAGAUACGGUGACCCUAGUUGCCAUCCUGCAUGAGGUUUAUACUCCUAUGGGAUACAGAAUCACGUUGGAUAACCGGUUGGUCGGGGUAAACCAGAGGAUCAUCGACAAAGAACUUGCAAAGAAGAAACAAGAGUACCUGAACAACGAGGAACUUGCUCAGAUUGUUAAACAAUAUGAAUCAAAUAAGGUUGCAUUUAAGAUAAAGUUGUUUACAGGAUCUUCACCAAAAUUUGUGGCUUUAGAAGUGGCCAUAGACCUAAAUGCAUCUUGGGUGAUUCUUGACAGGAAAAUGAAGAAAGACGAGGAGUUUUUCCUGCAGAGGCUUUCUUGUGGUAUAUCUAUAUUAAGGAGUAACGAUCGGAUUGCUCGACUAAGAGGGCCUUUAGAUCUUCCAGAUGAAAUACCAUGUAACAGCCAUGAAACAUAUGAUGAAAGUUUACCAAGUGUUCCAUAUAAACAUCUUUUCGACAUUGAUGCUUUCCCCAAGAGUGAGUUCUGGAAUAUUUCUAAUAUUCUUGAACGCCUUAUUACAACUAAGACCAAUCUAAUGAUAGGAAAACUUGAAGAUUGUGAACAGAACCAUAUACAAGAUAGGCUCUACGAGGAAGAGGGUUGCUCGAAUGUUCCGACCAAUACUAGUGAAAAAAUAUAUCAGACAAGUCGUAAUCACCAUAGCAUGGAUGGAACAGAAAGAAAUAGUAAUCAAAUGAUAGAUAAAAUAGAAAGAGACGGGCAAGGCCAAGAUCAAGAACUGAUGCAAAUCAUGCCCCAUGAGAUGGAGGAGGACACAACAAUUAUGAUUAAACCUGAUCAAGCAGCUGCUGGGAAAAUAGCUGAUCAACUGAGCCAAGAUGAAGAAAAGACAAACAACUUCUUCCAUGCACAGACUUUGAGCAUUUCCAGUGGUGCUAUAUUGGAUGAUGGAGAGCAAGAGAAAAGUAAUUUGGAUUCAGUAAGCAAUUUCUGCUCUGUCUGCGAAACAAGACGACCUAGUAUUGGGUGGAAAAAGGAAUUUACUUACGAAGAACUCCAAGCAGCCACAGAUGCCUUUUCAUUGAAGAACUGUCUCUCUGAAAGUGGAUCCCUUUUCACUUUCAGAGGCCAGAUGAAGGGAGGGAUGAAACUAGUGGUUAAGCAGCAUGAUGUAACAAACACUCAAGUAAGGGAGAAAGUGAAGUCAGAAAUCCAAACCAUCCUCAAAGCUAGGCAUAAGAAUGUGAUCAUGCUAUUGGGUUCAUCUGCAGCAGAAUCUUUCCUGCUUACUGUAUAUGAGUAUGCCUGCAAUGGUUCACUGGACAAAUAUCUAUCAAAAGAAAGCUCCCGAACAUUGACCUGGAAAGAAAGGAAAAGAGUGGCAAUAGGCCUUGCCAGAGGCCUCAAGUACCUACAUGAAAAUAACAUUGUUCAUUCCAAUAUAAAACCAAGCAAUAUUCUUCUAACACAUGACUUCGAACCACUGAUUGGAGACUACAAGUUUGGAAAAGAACUUCCAGUGAAGUCCUACAAAAAUAAAAGCAAAGGGAAUUAUGAAUACGUAGCACCAGAAUAUCAGGAGAAGGGAAAAUUAUCAUCAAAGGCAGAUGUAUACUCAUUGGGUGUGGUUAUUUUAGAGUUGAUUACUGGACGAAGGACUGCAGAUUUUAUGUUAGAAGAUAAAAGCCUUGUUGAAUGGGCAAAGCCUCAUCUUAAAAAGAAGAAUUACUCAGAGUUGGUGGAUCCCAUACUCAGAAACUCAUACGAAGAGGAUCACCUUCGUUGGCUGGUCCAAGUAACAGCACAAUGUCUAAAAAAGAAUCCUAAGGAAAGAUUAUCAAUGAAUAUGGACGAGAAGUGGCAAGUUUCCCUUGAUGAGGAGAUUGAUUCAAUAGCACAACAUGUGGGAGUUGUCAUAUUUGUCGAGUGGUGCUUAGCCAAUUG